UUGGUUUAGCUUUGCUUAUGUUUGAAAAUGCAUGACAAUAAUAAUUGUGUUUAGAAGUGUAACUUUGCCAAUUUAGUAUGAUGAACCGGGCACCAUACAAUAAUCGUGCAAUGUCUCGUUCUAUUAAUACUGCUAAACAAAACGAAGGCGACGAACAGGUUUGGACGGACGACCAGUCGAACAUUUCUUCGGACUGUAGCGAUAGUAGCUGCGAUUCACAUGUCUACGAAUGGAGUCCGUUUAUAUGCGAUAAUUUCUUGUUCUACAUUAAAUUUGAUUUAGUUUAUCAUGCGAAACCGAUUGUAUUCGACGAUGAUCUAUUUUUCCGCAAUGAAUAUAAACGUUUGUCGAUUCGUAAAAAGGAAAACAUACUCUCCAAAUUUGGCCAGAAGGACAAAAAUAAGCAUAAGCUGUUUAAAGUAAGUGUAAUAGACACAGUUAAAAAGGAACACCUUAAUGGCAUCAACAAAGAAGUUAUCAUAAGCGUCGCCCCCAAAAAGAGCAUUAUCCUUAAAGAAGUGCUUCCUCUGACUGAAGCCAUACUUGGCAUAACAACGUCGCUUUUUCCGGACGGAAGAAAAUUGAUGGUUGAUAAAAUAAAGGAAUAUUCCGUGUUCAAUAAGGGAAAACUGAUAAAAUCGAAAGACUGGAUAAAGUCCAUAGAUGCCGAAGUCGUAACUGUCGAGAACCUGGAAUCCCUGCUGGAAGGGUCCACGAGAAUUCCAACUAUUUUCAAGAUUACCUUUUUUGAGAUGAUUGAGCAAGAUAUUUUAAAUGCAAUUGAAAUAAAAAUUACAAAUUUGAUGGAUUUAAUUCAAAAUCAAGAGACGUUAUUCAAUAAGGAUGAUAUACAGACUAUGACGAACAACGAAUUAAUCUUCAGCAUGAUCUACAUUUCAAAGGAAUAUACACAAAAUGAUGAGUUGGACAUCAAAUUUUGCUAUCCUGCUAGAGAGAGUAAUUUGCUUUUCAAUUCUAGAGGAAGUUUUGUUACGCUAAAUUCAAUUUUUAGUUCAACUUUUAAGAUGGAAACAUUGAUGACUAAUCUUAAAAUACGAGGCGUGUUAUAUUAUACAACAUACAAUGUUUUCGAAGAUGGCAUUCUUCUGUUAGGUUUCAACUCGAAGUAUUCUUCACUGUUCUCCGUUAAACAAAAAAGUCAGCAGAUUUGCCGGCUACUUGAAAUACUUUAUUUAGAUUGUUCGUCUACAUUCAAUAAGGCUGUAGAACUUCAAACUGAACUGAUACAAUUAUGUGAGCUAAUUCGCCACUCGGUUAAAACGAACCGAAGCAUGGACAAAUUUGAGAAGACUUUUCAUCAACCGCAUUUUGUUCCGUUGCCGAAAGAAAUUCAGCUUCGAAUCGAUGACGCACUUGGUGAAUUGGAAGCGAUGGAUUAUCGUAACUGGAACGAUGAACUAGUAGAUUUGUUUUGUGAUUUAACAAUAAUCGGAUGCUGUCUGUAUUAUAAGCAGUAUUUGGUUUGCUCGCACAUCAACGGUUCUGCUAUGAAUGAUGUGGAAUUUUUCUUGAAAAAUUUUGGCAUUUUUGAAGUAAUUUCAACAACUAACAUAAAAAAUCUUGCUGUUUGGCGAAAAUUUUAUCCAAAAGAAUACUGUGAAUACAAAUUUCACGAAUCAAGUGAUGCUUAUCUAAUGCUAGUAUCCAUCGGUCAUCUCUUGAUGGUCGUCAUUCUAGAAGUGCCCAUUAAUACCAACCAUAAUAAAUCUAUGUCACGGUAUAUUGAAGAAAUACAGGAUAUGCUCAAUUAUUUUAAGUCGACGGGAAUAGAAAAUUUGAUAAGAAUUUGGAUUGAUUCAAAUCGUAGACCUCAAUGUAUUUCCACACUGUCCUCUAAACAAGAUUCUAUAGCGGAGGAUCAACGUUCAACAGUACGAAAUCAUGACGAAGAUUCUAAUGCUUCAAGUUCAAUUAAAAAUCAUGCCAUUAAAGAUGAUGGCGGGAAUGAUCACGAUGAAGAUGACGAUUCAGAUUGGGGACAAAGUUUGGACAGUAGUCAGAAAAGCAGCAGCUUCGAUAUAUGUGAACUUCCCGAAGCUCGGUCAAAAGAAUUUUCGCAACUUAUUCCGAGUGUUUUGACAUUUGGCACUGAAAAUCUGCUUUAUUAUUUCGUGCAAUUGGAAAUUGGGGACGGUCUAUUUUUGGCCCCUACUUUUAACUUUUUACAUAUGAAACAUGAUAUUAUUAUGAAUACUUUUCGUAAAAACUGCACCCUCAUUCACAACACUCUGCAGAACACAAAAAAGUUCCGGGAUUUUCUGUCGAAUGAAUCAAAUCGAAUUGGAAACACACAUCGUUCUCUAGUGGCCAUAAAGGAACAGGGAAUGUUAAUGUCUGUACCGAAGGAGGGUAACACGAGUGACAGGGUUAUGUUUUGGGUUAUUGGACGGCUAUUCAUAACUCCCGCCCGUGAGCUAUACGUUUGUCAUCGUGCAGAUGCCCCACAAAACAUGGUUGAACUUGCCUUUCGAAUAUGUCUCACGUGUGCUGGAUAAUCGUGCCUAACGAUUACUUUACCAACAACAUAUUUGUAUGAUAAAUAUUUUGAUAAUCUACUGUAACUAUGACCAGGCUUCCAUAAUUUAUAAGUUUAUUGUAUAAGACUGUAAUUGUAUCGUAUUCAUUAAAUCAAAAACUGAGUACUAGCAAAUAAUUAUAUUGAAAAAAAGAAAUAUAUGCUUCAUUCCGU